CGCGGAGCCGCGGGAGGGGGAGGGAAAAGGAGGAUCUGUGAGUCGCCGAGAGGCAGCGCGGCGGCUGCUGUGGGGAGUGCGGGUGCGGAGCCACGGGUGGCCGCGCCGGUCAGGGCCGGGGCCUGGACUGGGAAGGGGAAGCCGGAGCAGCGCCAGGAGCCCGAAGCCGGAGCAGAGGAGGAAUGUGACCGGGGGUCGGCGGGGGCGCGGGAGUACGCGAGCACAGGGAUGGGGCAGCAGGUGGGCCGCGUCGGGGAGGCUCCGGGGCUCCAGCAGGCGCAACCCCGCGGGCUCCGGGGCAGCAGUGCAGCCAGGCCCUCCGGCCGCAGGCGGGACCUGGCGGGGCGCACCACAGAGGCCGGCUUCAAUAUCUUCACCCAGCAUGAUCACUUUGCCAGCUGUGUGGAGGAUGGCUUUGAGGGAGACAAGACUGGAGGCAGUAGUCCAGAAGCCUUGCACCGCCCCUACGGCUGUGAGGUUGAACCCCAGGCGCUGAACGAAGCCAUCAGGUGGAGCUCCAAGGAGAACUUGCUCGGGGCCACUGAGAGUGAUCCCAACCUCUUUGUUGCACUUUAUGAUUUUGUAGCAAGCGGUGAUAACACGCUCAGCAUCACUAAAGGUGAGAAGUUACGAGUCCUGGGUUACAACCAGAAUGGGGAGUGGAGUGAAGUUCGCUCGAAGAAUGGCCAAGGUUGGGUGCCGAGCAACUACAUAACCCCAGUGAACAGCCUGGAGAAACAUUCCUGGUACCACGGGCCUGUGUCCCGCAGCGCAGCGGAGUAUCUGCUCAGCAGUUUAAUCAACGGCAGUUUCCUGGUGCGAGAAAGUGAGAGCAGCCCUGGGCAGCUCUCCAUCUCGCUCAGGUACGAGGGGCGUGUGUAUCACUACAGGAUCAAUACCACCGCGGACGGCAAGGUGUAUGUAACUGCCGAGAGCCGCUUUAGCACCUUGGCAGAGCUCGUUCACCAUCACUCCACAGUGGCUGAUGGGCUGGUGACAACGCUACACUACCCUGCACCCAAGUGUAACAAGCCUACGGUUUACGGUGUGUCCCCCAUCCACGACAAAUGGGAAAUGGAACGGACAGAUAUUACCAUGAAGCACAAACUCGGGGGUGGUCAGUACGGAGAAGUUUACGUUGGCGUCUGGAAGAAAUACAGCCUGACAGUUGCUGUGAAAACAUUGAAGGAAGAUACCAUGGAGGUGGAAGAGUUCCUGAAGGAAGCUGCAGUGAUGAAGGAAAUCAAGCACCCUAAUCUGGUACAGCUGUUAGGUGUGUGUACUUUGGAGCCGCCAUUUUACAUCGUGACUGAAUACAUGCCUUAUGGGAACUUGCUGGAUUAUCUCCGAGAAUGCAGCCGAGAAGAGGUGACUGCAGUUGUGCUGCUCUACAUGGCCACUCAGAUCUCUUCUGCAAUGGAGUAUUUAGAGAAGAAGAAUUUUAUCCAUAGAGAUCUUGCAGCUCGUAACUGCCUAGUGGGAGAAAACCAUGUGGUGAAGGUGGCUGACUUUGGCUUAAGCAGACUGAUGACUGGAGACACCUAUACUGCUCAUGCCGGAGCCAAGUUUCCUAUUAAAUGGACCGCGCCGGAGAGUCUUGCCUACAAUACCUUCUCCAUUAAAUCCGAUGUCUGGGCUUUUGGGGUGCUAUUGUGGGAAAUUGCUACAUAUGGAAUGUCGCCAUACCCGGGGAUUGACCUGUCUCAGGUGUAUGAUCUACUGGAAAAAGGGUAUCGAAUGGAACAGCCUGAAGGAUGUCCCCCUAAGGUUUAUGAACUCAUGAGAGCAUGUUGGAAGUGGAGCCCUGCCGACAGGCCCUCCUUUGCUGAAACACAUCAAGCUUUUGAAACCAUGUUCCAUGACUCCAGCAUUUCUGAAGAGGUAGCUGAGGAGCUUGGGAGAGCCGCCUCCUCCUCGUCUGUCGUUCCGUACCUGCCCCGGUUACCUCUACUUCCUUCCAAGACCCGGACGCUGAAGAAGCAGGUGGAGAACAAGGAGAAUAUCGAUGGCACCCAAGAUGCCGUCGAAAAUUCUGCUUCCAGUUCCGCACCAGGGUUCAUUAGAAGUGCACAGGCCCCCACGGGGUCCCCAGCACUGCCUCGGAAGCAAAGAGACAAGUCACCCAGCAGCCUCUUGGAAGAUGCCAAAGAGACAUGCUUCACCAGGGAUAGGAAAGGAGGCUUCUUCAGCUCCUUCAUGAAAAAGAGAAAUGCUCCCACACCUCCCAAACGCAGCAGCUCCUUCCGAGAAAUGGAGAAUCAGCCCCACAAGAAAUACGAACUCACGGGUAACUUCUCACCUGUUGCACCUCUCCAGCAGGCCGAGGGGUUCUCGUUCACUCCUGCCCAGCAAGAGGCGACUCUGGUGCCACCCAAGUGCUAUGGGGGGAGCUUUGCACAGAGGAACCUGUGUAACGACGACGGUGGUGGGGGUGGGGGCAGUGGCACUGCUGGCGGGGGUUGGUCUGGCAUCACAGGCUUUUUCACACCACGCUUAAUCAAAAAGACACUGGGCCUACGAGCGGGUAAACCCACAGCCAGUGAUGACACCUCCAAGCCUUUUCCAAGGUCAAACUCAACAUCUUCCAUGUCCUCAGGGCUUCCAGAGCAAGAUAGGAUGGCAAUGACCCUUCCCAGGAACUGCCAGAGGUCCAAACUCCAGCUGGAAAGGACAGUGUCCACCUCUUCUCAGCCAGAAGAGAACGUGGACAGGGCCAAUGACACACUCCCCAAAAAAUCAGAGGAAGGUGCUGCUCCAACCAGGGAGAGACCAAAAGCCAAACUUCUGCCCAGAGGGGCCGCAGCUCUUCCUCUGAGAACCCCCUCUGGGGAUCCAGCCAUCACAGAGAAGGACUCUCCAGGGGUGGGGGUGGCUGGAGUGGCGGCUGCCCCAAAGAACAAGGAGAGGAAUGGUGGGGCCCGCCUUGGCAUGGCUGGCGUCCCCGAGGACGGCGAGCAGGCCGGCUGGUCCUCUCCGGCCAAGGCUGCGGCAGUCGCCCCAACCACUCACAACCACAAAGUGCCCGUCCUUAUCUCACCCACUCUGAAGCACACUCCAGCGGACGUGCAGCUCAUUGGCACAGACUCUCAGGGGAAUAAGUUCAAGCUCUUAUCUGAGCAUCAGGUCACAUCCUCUGGUGACAAGGACCGACCCCGACGGGUAAAACCAAAGUGUGCCCCACCCCCACCCCCCGUGAUGAGACUACUGCAGCAUCCGUCCACGUGCUCAGACCCCACGGAGGAGCCGGCUGCCCUGGCCGCAGACACGCAGGAAGGGGGGAGAAAGGCAGCUCCAGGGCCAGUGCCCACCAGCGGGAAAGCUGGGAGGCCGGUGAUGCCGGCGCCUCAAGUGCCUCUGCCCUUGUCUUCCAUCUCGCCCGCCAAAAUGGCCAAUGGCACAGCAGGUACGAAAGUGGCCCUGAGGAAAACCAGGCAGGCAGCUGAGAAGAUCUCAGCUGACAGAAUCAGCAAGGAGGCCCUGCUCGAAUGUGCUGACCUGCUGUCCAGUGCGAUCACGGAGCCGGUGCCCAGCAGCCAGCUGGUGGACACUGGGCACCAGCUGCUCGACUACUGCUCAGGCUAUGUGGACUGCAUCCCUCAGACUCGCAACAAAUUUGCCUUCCGAGAGGCUGUGAGCAAACUGGAACUCAGCCUGCAGGAGCUGCAGGUGUCUUCAGCAGCUGCGGGAGUGCCCGGGGCAAACCCUGUCCUUCAUAACUUGCUGUCGUGUGUACAGGAGAUCAGUGACGUGGUGCAGAGGUAGCCACUGCCAGCCUCGUGGGGAGAUGCACACGCCUCUGAGGGGAGAGGGAAAGGGACUCGUUUUCCUGUGUUCUUUUCAAAACAUGAAAGACUGAUACUUGAGUGUGUUUAUGUGAAGUACCUCAGAUCUCUGAGAUCUCACGUUUACAGGUUCAUCUCAAAAAUAAAAAGCGAAACUCAUAGGAGAGGGGAAUUGGGUGGGGGUAAGGCUGGCGUGGACAGGAGUGGAAGCUGCACUGGACAUCAGGGAACGUGUGUGUCAUGCCGUGAAGAACCAAAUCCAGCCCAUCCUUACCCGGGAUGACGCAAGGUGUUAGGGCUGCCUGCAGCGGUGCCACACACAAGGGGACUGGCUUAGGGCUCCAACUCACCUCAUGAAUUUGGUGGAACAGCAGAAGGGGAAGCUGGGAAUGUACCAAGAGAAGUUUCAUUCAAGGCUGUGGGAAGCAGCCGUUAGCCGUGCUUCCACAGGGUCACUGCUGCAGUAAGAACUGCAAAUCUAAUUGCGAGAAUUAGAGAACUGGGAAAUGUGGCCUCAUCUGGAUGCGCCUGUCUGGUUUCCCACGGGUGUGUUCAUUGGCGCAGGAAGUAAAGAAUUCUGGGCAGUAUAGUCAGGGAGGGUGCAGCCUCCUGCUAAACUCUUACAUCAGCCAGCAGAAGUCCCUUCUCCCCGUCCAGCAGGACAGCCUGUCUGCUUGGUGGUGCCUGUCUGUAAACCACAAGCCUCGGGGUCUCUGCAGUGGUUCUUCCCUGCCCCUCGCUGGGCAGGCUGCCUUCCGUUAUUCCUGGCAACGUUUGGGGCACGAACCAACGUGGAUGUUGACAUUAGUGACCAGGGAAAGGCUCGCCCAGUGGAUCCCUUUUCUGAUACAGUGCCCCUCCGUAAUGACAUGUAAGGGCGUGAGCAGGUGUGUAUUUCUUUAAUAACUAAAAUACGUGAGAAAGGGUCUCUUCUUGAAACCCAGUAGCCAGGCCCAGAGGUCUGAGACUGAGGAGACGCUCGCUUGGUCCUCCUGGCUGUUCCUCUGUCCCUUUCUCCUCCCUUGUCACCCGAGACCCAAUCUAGGCAUAAAGGAGGGAGAAGCAUUUUUUCUCUCUCUGGAUUUCAAAUGAAUCAAAUUAUCCUCACAUGCUUUCCUCCUCUCAUAUCCCACCCCCACCAACAUUGUGCUUGUUUGUAAAGAUCACAUUGGGAAUCUCUUUGAUUUAUUUUAAUAUCGUAUUUUAAGAAAGUAUAAGUGAAGGAACAUGUCAUUUCCAGGGAAUAUUAGGUCCUGGAAACCUAAUGACUUAACCCUCAGAUAUGUUUUGCCUUUGAAAAAUAGGCCCUUUCCUUCCCUACUCAUUUAUAAUAAUGGAAGCUAAUUAAGAUUGCAGGGAACCGAAUCUAAUUAACCAAUAUUGAUACUGAUAUCAGGUCUAAUUCCAGUUACCACUUCAUUCUGUUUUUAAAGCUUUAUGACCCCCUCCUCCCAAGGAGAACCCAAUACACAAAAAUAAAUACAUUAUUUUUUUCCCUCCAAAGGAAUAUUACCUUAGGAAGAUAGGAAUUCCACAUUGAUGGACAGUGAAUUUUCUUCCUGGCUCUUAUCAUCGAUCCAGUCAAGCCACAGCCCCGUCUCCUAGUCUAGUAAACAAAGGUAACGAUACGUCUUCUCAUGGGUAUCUUACAAAUACGGGCAUAGCUACCCCUUGGAGAGCCCCCCCUGGAGAAAGCCCUUUAGUGCAGUGUUACGUGGAAUGGUUUUUUUCGCUCUUUGCUCAGUAGCAGAUUGUGACAUUGAGAACUGCUGAGAGUACAUUAGUGGGGCUAGCAUACUAGAGUUAAUAACUAUGUUUUGGACAGAGUGUGGCCUCCUUGACCAAGGAGGAAGUGUAGUUUUCACCAGAAAGAAAGGAAACCUUGUUUCUUUCUUAUCUUGGCUCCUGGAAAGGAGGCCCCAGGCCAAGAGAAGGAUGAGGGAGGAGACAGUGCUGGGCGCUCCUUGCAGAGACUGGGUGACCUCUGUCUGUGACAGAAGGCAGCUAGUGUGUGGCUGGAAGGGAAGACAGCCUCUUUACCUUGGAUUUAAACCAGUGCUCCUCCCAUCUCCCCUUUUGCUUCUCCCCUUCAUCAUACACUUCCAUAAACUUGAAAUUGUUUUAGCAAUUAGCCUUUUAAGGGUGGGGCAGGGAAAGCUAAAACUUUAGAAUAUUAUUAUGCUGCUUUUUUUAUGUUUAUCCCUGUCGUCGUGGGAUGCGAGUUGAGGGAUUGUAAUUGUUUUUCAGGGGAUUUUUUUCUUUUUCUUUUUUUCUCUAAGCAAGGGAUGUUAAUCCUUGAGAGCUCUGAAAAUAAACCUUGGAGGAACACUACUGAGUGUACUUAAGCUCCCUGCUUUUCUCACUGGAGCACAGUCUUGAGGGUGGGGGCUGUGUCGUACUCAGGGCAGCACCUGGUUUUGCCUGCCCGCGGUGGAUGCUUGAUGAGGUCACGAAGGGAAUUGCUUUUCCUCGGCACUGUCAGUCAGAGCGUGAGCACCCCCCACCCCCCCACCCCGUGGUGCCUGAACUGGAACAUCAGAGGUGGACGGCUUGGGGUUCAGGUUAAAGAGGCACUGUCAACCUAUUACAGAAUUACAGUUGAGGUUUUCCUUUUUCUACUUGGAAAGGACCAGAGUUUUAAAAUUACCUUAUGUAAAUUUAAAAGUUUGAAUUCAAAGCAGAGAAAACUGCUUCUAGAAACUAAAAGUGUAGUUUAAUUUUAUCUAGUUUAAAAGCAAAACAGAGAGCAGGAGCAAAAGCCCUUCUACAAAAUGUUGAAAACUUUCUAAAGUGGUUUUGUACAUAAAUGCAUACCUUUGGGCUACCGUAGCAUGAAUCCGAUCAUGUACAGAUAAUAUGAUGUCAGUUUGGAUUUCUACUAAAAAAUGCAGUAUUUGGUGUAGAAUACAUCUUCAUUGUGCUUUACAUGAAGUAUUUUCUUAAAAGGCUUUGUGUAAAAUUAAAAUAUGUAUAUUUUCCUACAGACUUCCAUCGUGAUUUUCAGAGAUACAGCCUUAAAAAAAUUGGCCCUGAGAAAUUCUUCCAGUGUUUUUCCAGAUGACCGCUAUACAUCGAGGCCAUUAUGGUGGAGCCCCUUGCCUAGCUGCAAUUUUGAGUUUAAAUUAGAAUUUUCUUAUAAUUCAAUUGCAAGUUGGCUAAUAAAAUAGUGCCCAGUUAAUAAAACAGGCUGACUCUGCUCAGGCACAGCCCAUAUUUAUUUAUCUAAAGUCAUGGAGCUUUUGAGUUGAAAGGUUACAGUAUAGAUAGUGAGUAAGAGUUCAGACUCUAAAGCCAGUCCAGAAGGCAAGUCAUUUAACCUUCCUGAGCCUUAGUUUCCUCAUUGGAAAACAGGGAUAAUAAAAGUAACUACCUCAGGGUUGUUGUAAGGAUUAAAUGAUAAUCUAUAUAAGAUGCUCAGCUUGAGUGCCUGGCGUGUAAUGAGCACUCCAUAAAUAUAAACUUCCAUUAUUAUUAUUAAACAGUCCAGUGAGUCUUAGCCAGGGAUGUGCGACCAAAUCCCCUGCGGUGUUGUUUUUUUAAAAAACAAAAAUCCCCACAAAAAAUCUGGUGCAUUGAUCAGACUUCUGAGUGGGGUGCAGUGUCAGCCUGAGUGUUUCCAAGAAUCCCUCCAGGUGUUUCCGACCCAUCAGCACUGUCUGAACACUUUUCUUUACAGCCUACGGAAUUGGAAGAGAGGAUGUAAGUUAUUUGCCCGUUAUCUCAGAGCAGUUAAUUAGUGGCGGGUGGGCAGAGCCAAGGCUGGGGUGCGGGGUCUUGGCCAUUCCUGCUGCCUUGUGAGACACUGCAGCAAAGUGGCUCAGAUGGACAAUCAGUGUGCAGUCUGCACGCGGCCUAAGCACACGCUCCUGGCACCUGACCUUCAGGAGUUUGAAUGUUGAGUAAUGGUGACACUAGCACAGCGGGCCUUCAAUAGAGUCAGUGAUUUCAAAAAGUACAGGGAGUCGUUCUUUGGGACAGACCUAGCAGUACAGCAGUCUGCACUUUGUAAUAAAGAAAUACCAAGUUAAGUUUUAAAACACCUAGUCCUACAUUCCUUUUUCUUGAAACAAAAGCAACUUUCUUGUUCCAUGUCAUUUUAAUGACUAGGAGAUAAUGUAUAUGAAAGCACUUUGAGAAAAGUAUCAAACGUGAUAUAACCAUAAGGGUGUAUUAUUAAUGUCUAUUUAGGAAAUGAAACAGUUGAUUAGAUGCUGAUUGACUUACAGGUUUUUACCUGUGGGGGACCUGAAAAUGCAGAUCUAUAAACAGUCACCUAUGUAAUUUGUGACAUUUAUAAAUAUGAAACUGCUACAUGAGUAUGUGCAGAUAGAGUAAGUGUUUUACUAAAAUUGUAGCUCAGUGCUGAGUAACUUCAGAAAACUAGGGACCAACUUUCUGGUUUAAUCGUAAUCAUUAAAAAGUAGCCGUGGGCACUCACUCCAGAACAGACAGGCUCUUCCAGGGACCUUGACUCCAGAAGAAUGAGGCCCUUGUACUUUUGAACAUUUGUCCACUACAUGUUCAGCCAUUUAGCAUCCUAAAUGCGGGGGAGCACACGCAUUACCUGUUGGUGUUGACAGUGUCUUUUUCAACCUAUGUCCUGCGUAGGUUGUUUUUUAUUCCUUUUUGUGGGGUGGGGGCAUGGGUGUGAGAGGAGACUGGGUGGCCCUAAAACCAGUGCGUUUGGGGAAUGACUUAGGAUUUCCUGUCAGUUAUAAAUGCGUUUGACAUUCAUCAUCCGUAUUUAUUUUUUUCUAAGAGUAGCUGAACAUAACUCACCUAUUAGCUUAUGAAAUAAAUGUCCAAGAGUAAAUAGCAUUGUGGCCACUUUUGAGUUUCAGCUACACUGCAUUCUGAGGGCUCCCCUUACCUUCCGUUUUUGCUACUGAUGUCACGGUUACUGUCAGGCCGGGCUCCCCCAGGGGUCCACAUUGGGCCGACAGGAUUGUGUAGUUUUGUUCUUGAGAUUUUGGGGUUUCAUCAUCUUGCAUUAACUUAUUCUACCUGAAUUUGGGGUCCAUCUCUCUGCCCUAAGCAUUUGUUAGGACCAGUCCUCUUUAGGCAGGUGGGUGUCUAGACAUAAGUUUCUUCUUAGGUAUUUAUUAAGACUCCAGCUGUCUAUCUCUCUGUCUUAGCUUCUGUCAAACAAGUAACUCAGUUCUUUUGUAAAUGCCUGCUUCAAUUUGGGAUAUGUGGCAGCAGGAGAGAAGCAGGGAAGGGCAGCCCAAGGGCGCCUGUACCCUCCACAUGACCACCCAGGGAAACUGCAGCUAUCCGUAACCUGGCCGGAGAGGAAGGCCUUGGGCUGGUUCGAAAGCCUCCCGGUGUUAACAGGCAGAAUUACGUACAUCCUUGGGAUUGCGUUUCAGUUUCAGUUCCAACUACCAGACUUUUAAAACUCUAGUGAAAGGCUUGCUCUUUUGGGCAGGCCAGUGGUGCCAGGAGUAACAAUUACCGUACCUGCUGUUACUGCCGGACUCCCCGCCAUGGCCCAGCCUCCGGUAUUACCAGGGGAGCACGGUGCGGUUCAGGGCUGUGGAACGGGCUGCUCUCUGCGGCAGCCUGUCUUUCGCGACGUUUACUGCAAUGUCCAAAAAGAUGCGUUUCUGCUCUGGAUCUGCUGCUUUUAUUGCCACCCACCCGAAGUUUAUGUUCCAUGUUGAGACAACAUGUGUGCAAGAUGGUAUUUCCUUCAUUUCUGACUUAGUGUCCUAAGUCCAAAGGAAGUCAGGGAAGGCUCCGCCCUGUGCUAACCAGGGUGGGGAGGCCUGGGCAGCUCAUCACUGCUGGAGGCUUCUGCCUUCGAACAUGGCUUCAGGAGUUGUCGGCUGAGUGGAUGGUGCACGGUUAUUGAACCAGAACUGGUAGACAUGAACUUCAUGGGAUGGCCCCACAUGGGGUGCAGAUCUGGCAGACUGCCGCACUCUUCUCCAUCUUCUUGGUGAGCUGGGGGAAGGAUGCUCUAAGUGGACCCUUCCCUCCCUCCAGGUGCACGUUACUUCUUUGCUCCUGUUACAAUUAUAAGUUUGAAAUCGUUUCUCUCUCCUAGAAAGAGUAUAUCCUUUAGCCUCCCCAUUGCGGAGCGACAUGAACACAGUAGCAAGGCCCCGUUAACUCAGCCCGAGGUUCCAGACGGUGUGUGACCUGGUCUUCAGACCUGCGGACCAUCUAAAGGAAAGGAUGUCUCCGUGAAAUGGGAAGGCUAGGCCCGACAUGUCCUCAGACCAGCCUGUGCACACCUUCUGUGUCUGUUCUGUGAGGCUCUUAGCUCAUCGUUGUACUGGAAGCAGCAUGUUUCUGGGUCGUAUGUGCCACUUACACACCGAGCUGUACACGCAGGGCUAGUGGUCUUGGAGCAUUCUAGUUCAUUCUUUUGGACACAGUGGAAGUGAACUGUCAAAUGCUAGCAGACUUUCAGAAAGGAAAUAAAGAGUUUGUAUGGUUCGAGCUUGUUUAGAUUUGCUUCUGAGCCUCAGAUGGGAAUUUUAAAUCAUGUAUUUAAGCACCAUAAACUUUGGUUGGAGAACGGGACUUCUGGUUAAUAAAAUUUUCAUGUGUAAGGAUACUUAAUUUUCAGCAGUUACAAUACAGUAACACAGGUCUGCCAAAUAGAUGCAUCCUUGAUUCAGAAGAGACUGCGAGACACUGAGGAGCUUUAGGGUCUUCAGUGACGCGUCCCAAAUACCGUUCGGCAGUUCAGAAGUACCGCCCAUGUGUUGAGUGGCAAGAAUGCCCAGAGGGAUGUUUCUGGUAGAUCAGCCCGCCUUCCUCACUUUGACGAGCCAUUUUCCACUACAGCCACUGUUCUUGGGACUCUGUUAUGAGACAUUUUCUGAGACCUUGAGAAAUCACCUUGAUUAGUCUGAUGGGACUCCAGAGAAAUUAGUAUUCAGGACUAGAAGGGACGCUGAGGUACUCAUCUUCGGUUCUUCAGGGCGUAUGUUUGGAAACCCUCUGUAUCUCAGACCUGUAUGGAGGGUACGUGUUAUGUCCGUGUUGCGUACACACUGUCGUCGUGCUCACUAGGAAAGGGGGGGGGCGUACGUGAGAGGCAUUGGGCAGGUCUCUGUCUGUGUGACCAGAAGCUGUGCCCUCAUCGGUGUGUUUGCUCUGAGCAGACUGGCAGAGCUGUUCAUGCGUGGUCAGUACCCCGUCUCCCCGGUAGAACCCACACUUCUUUGCAAUCUGGUUCUGUAAUGAUGAGCAGUGGAGAAACCCCGGUUUUAUGUUUGCUUGGCAAAAGGAAGUUUGACUGUUGUGUGGUGGUUGACAGAAUUUUGUCCUAAAACAUGAUUCAGAUCUUUUAAAACGUAUUUAAUGUUUAUACCAAAGGUCACGCCCACAGGUGUGUGUGGUGGGUGCAGAGGGUGUGUUGCUGAGGGGACAGUGAGACAACAUGGGAUCUAACCGCAAACACGUCAGUCAUGGGUCACACUACAGUGUUGUCAGGUAUUCGUUCUUAAUUGUUAUUGUAAUAUAUUUUCAGGUGUUUUGUUUUUCUAAUUUAAUUCUCUCACCCUGUUGUCUGACUGUGAAUUGCUAACAGUGUUAAACUUGAUGUAAAUAAAUGAGGCCCUUGAAAGGGGAAUGCUGUCUGCCUGUUGUCUCACAAGGCUUGCCAACUUGUGUUUUAUUUUAAAUAAAGGUUGCAAUAUUUUAUUGGCAAAGGAGGCUUGUGAUUGGAGUGUUUCUCCCCAAACUUUAACCUAUAGGGAAUGU